GGCGAGUACUGCAUCCAACAUGUCUGAUAUUGCCGGCAUUGCUGGUCCUUCGACGCCGUCGCGCAAGCGCUCUCGCUGGGACGCCACAGACAACAUCGAAGACGACCAACAGGUGCAGCCCGCGAAGCGACACUCGAAGGGCAAAUCUGCCAAAUCCUCUCCUGCUCCGGAGGAGUCUCAGUCGAGCAGAGAAGGAUCUGCGCGUCCUCCAGCGGCGUUGAUACAGCGGAAGAAGCCUUCUCAUAGCAUCUAUGUACCUCCACGGACAUUGCACCCACCGUUCAUGCCAUCGCGAUCUGUGUACUGUUACGAGCGACUCAACUCUAUCGAAGAAGGCUCGUAUGGUGUCGUGUUCCGUGCGAGGGACAAGGAGACAGGAGAUAUCGUUGCUCUCAAGAAGUUGAAGCUGGACCAGGAAAAGAAUGGGUUCCCUAUAACAGCGUUGCGGGAGAUCAACUCGCUAAUGGUGUGCAAGCACGAGAAUGUAGUUGGAAUACGAGAGGUGGUCGUAGGGGAUACCUUGACACAGGUGUUCAUAGUCAUGGAUUUCAUCGAGCAUGACUUGAAGACGCUGCUGACUGUCAUGCCAACACCCUUCCUGCAAUCCGAAAUCAAGACUCUUAUGAUCCAGCUGCUAUCAGCAGUGGCCCACUGCCACGAGCGAUGGAUCCUCCAUCGCGAUCUCAAGACCAGCAACCUGCUCAUGAACAACCGUGGCACCAUCAAGGUCGCCGACUUCGGGCUCGCACGGCGGUACGGCGACCCCGUCGGUGUCGGCGGGCUUACCCAGCUCGUCGUCACGCUCUGGUACCGGGCGCCCGAGAUUCUCCUCGGGGCGACGGAAUACUCGACGGCGGUCGAUAUGUGGUCCGUCGGGUGCAUCUUCGCCGAGCUGCUCCUCAAGGAGCCGCUCUUCCAGGCGAAGGGCGAAAUCGAGCUGCUGUCGAUGAUCUUCAAGUUACUCGGCCCGCCGACACCCCACUCGUGGCCGGACUAUCAUAAGCUGCCGCUGGCAAAGACGAUCAAUUUUCCGCCUCCCCACCCGCCCCAGCUGCGGCAGAAGUUCCCGUUCAUCACCUCUGCCGGGCUCGACCUUCUCUCACGUCUGCUGACGUAUGAUCCUGAGAUGCGGAUAUCUGCCACAGAGGCGCUGAAGCAUCCAUAUUUCAGUGAAUCACCAUUGCCCAAGCAUCCCGACCUCUUCGGUUCCUUCCCGUCUGCAGCGGCUGGAGAAAAGCGGCGAAAGCCGUAUGACAGCCCAUCGGCUCCUGUGCGGGCGGCAGAUUUCAAGCUACUGACAGAGUUUGAUUAG